CAUCACUCCGGGCAGUGAUGGCGGAGGUAGAUGAGACUGACGUGAUGAUGAGCUACCACGGGGAUUUCUUAAAAAACGACAGAAAAAACAGUCGCUAUCCUUAUUGCAUUGUUUGGACGCCUAUUCCUAUUUUGUCGUGGGUGCUCCCAUUCAUUGGUCACAUGGGUAUAUGCACCUCCUCUGGAAUCAUAAGGGAUUUUGCAGGAUCAUAUUUUGUCUCGGAGGACAACAUGGGUUUUGGGAGACCAACUAAGUAUUGGAAGCUUGAUGUGGACAAAGUGUGUGGUAAUGGUGCUGCAACAUGGGAUAAAGCAGUUUAUGAUGCUUCUGAAGAGUACAAGUGUCGACCGCACAAUCUGUGCUUGGAUAACUGCCAUUCCCAUGUUGCCAUGGCCCUCAACCUCAUGCGCUAUGACAACAGCACAUCAUGGAACAUGGUGAACCUGUGUGUGCUGUCUUUUAUUCAUGGCAAACAUGUCAGCUGGGCAGCGUUCCUCAAAACCUGGCUCCCCUUCUUCAUGCUCAGCGGGGUCCUUGCCACGUUCAUCCUCACGUUCAACCUGCAGUAAUGAAGCGGCUCACCCAAAUAUGAUCACAGACUUUACACUAUUAACAUGAAUGAUGUGUUUUGAUGGGAUGUUUGUUUAAAGAAUUUAGAUUGAAAGACUCUGGUGUCUGUUGGUUGUCUAGUAUCUUGGAGGGUAUUUAAGGACAUAGGUUGUUUGUGAGUCAUUUUAUUAUCAGUUAUUUAUUUUUUAACUGCUUUUUGUCUGUAAUCAGUAUUUAUGACUUUACAAACUCUAGUAUCUACCAAACAUCUGUCUAAAAUUAACUGUUUUUCACGUUAGGUUCUGUGUUGAGCUUAUAUACAGCAGUAUAUGAAGGGACAUGAGAAUCUCCUGCUGAGCAAUACCAGAGUUAUAUUUCUCAAGAGCAGCAGCCGCAGAUACACAUUUUAGUGAUGAAUUAUCCAACUUGGCUUAAGAAAUCUGAAAGUAUUCAUCAGAUAAUUGUUUGAGAGAUUUGAGCUGCUACCAAAGAUAGAAUGAUGUAAGACCCAUAUGUGAUAAAUAGUUGUUUUGUGCUGUAAAAACCCUCUCUGCUCCAGUGUAUACAGAAAAUACGUACAGCUUUUUAUUUCACAUGAGUGUAUUUUUCUGAUUUGUAUAUUAUUUGAAAGAAUUUAAAUGCUGUCUAACUGCAUCCUCAUGCUUGAAUGUCACUUUAACUGCAGAAUUAUUCAAACUAUGAGCAAUGCUACAUCACAGUAAUUAUUGUGAACUUUAUUGGUUUGUUUUUGAUGUGAUCUUUGAACACUUUUAUUUAUUAAUGUGUCUAAAUCAGUUUAAAUGUGUUUUAUAUGA